UCCAGCUGAGCAAAGUCUCGAAGCAACAUUUCAUGGCAUUUUUGAAGAAAAUAAUUUUACAGAUAUGGCUUAUUUUUAGCGAGUUUUUGCACUCUAUAUUUUCCAUUAAAAAAAAUCACUGCCCAGUCAUCGGGAUAUUCUCUCGAGAUGAAUGCCCUCCGUUGCUUGUUGAUUUCCUACGGUCUCAUAAAUCUUUGAUUAGAGAGGUGAGAACCUUCUAUAUAUCCAACAAUGGGAAGCGAGAAUUUAAGGAACAGAUUUCCGGGUGCGAUUUUGGCAUCCUAUAUCACACAAAAAGGAGAGGAAGGGUCAACAUUACAGACGUGACGGACUCUUUGUACGAUACGGAGCUGGUUGGAAUGUCUGAACAACUAGGUAAAGAGAAGGUCAUUGUCUUGGUGGAUGAUCUCGAUAGCAGCGGUUCACAGGAAAAGGAAAGAAUCCUGAACAAUCAGAUCAGCAUUAAGAAAUACGCCCAAGACCUGAUUCUCAUCAGCUGCGCAGAGAAAACCGCGUAUCAGACAGCUAAUGGCGAUGACUCAAUACGAGAGAAAUUGGACACUAUGCUGGAUAUCAUCAACACUGGAGGAGAUUCCUGGUUGGCACAAAUAACCAGGUUCCUAGUCUUUUGUUCUGCUCCUAACACGCUCGAUGGUCAGGUCUUGUGUUCUGCUCCUAAGCCUCUUGUUGUUGGAAUAUUCUCUCGGUCAGCAGAGGAGGACUACCAAUGGCUGGGGGAAGGACUGAGAUUAUUUAAAGAUUCGGUUAAUGAAAUAAGAUAUUGUUACAUUGCCAAUAAUGGAUUUCAUACAUUCACCAAGGAGGUCGAUCAAUGCCAAUUUGCGAUCCUGUAUCACACAAAGAAUCGAGGGAGGGCUAACAUAACUAAUGUAACAGACUCGAUUUACGAUAAAGAGCUCAAACAUCUAUCCGAUACAAUGGGUCGAGGGAAAGUCAUUGUGGUGAUUGAUGACCUGGACAAGACCGGCUUUGAGCAGAAAUCCUGCAUCCUGCGAGAACAGCAAAAUAUCGCUGAUCAGGCCGCAGAGCUGUUCCUUAUCAGCCCACACGACAAGAUAAACCCACAACUAUUAAACGAAAAGUUACGGCAGAUAGAAGAUCUCAUAAAUGCAGCAAUUCCUUACCUAAAAUAAUCAUUC